GUGUGUGUGUGUGGCAGGGAGAUUUGUUGUGAGGAGGUGGAGGUCUGACCACACCCCGGAGGCUCUGCAGCUCUGAUGGAUGUCAGGAUGAAGGAUAAAGGAGCAGCAGCUCUCUGAAGAUGAACUCUCACCGAGGGAAAAAGGCUUCUUUUGAUUUGGUCCUUCUCAGGUUUCUGCAGCCUCUCUUCACGUUCUGAUGCCUGCAGUGGACGAGGAAGAUGUUUCCUCCCCCGGCAGAAGAUGAACACCUCUCUGUGUGACUCCUCAGUCACCAUGUACGAUGUGGUGGUGGACCGCCAACCUAACACCAGCUGCAACGGCUCCUCCGGUGCUUCCAACUGGACGGCCGGAGGAGACGCCCCUCAGCUGCCCACGUUCACCACAGCAGCCAAAGUCAGAGUGAUCGUCACCUUCAUCCUCUGCGGCGUGUCGGCCUUUUGCAACCUGGCCGUGCUGUGGGCGGCGCACGCCGACGGGAAACGCAAAUCCCACGUUAGGAUCCUGAUCGUCAACCUGACCGUGGCUGAUCUCCUGGUGACCUUCAUCGUGAUGCCUGUGGAUGCGGCGUGGAACAUCACGGUCCAGUGGCUGGCCGGGGACUUGGCGUGCAGACUUCUGAUGUUCCUGAAGCUGCUGGCGAUGUACUCCUGUGCUUUUGUCACUGUGGUGAUAAGUCUGGACAGGCAGUCAGCCAUCCUCAACCCCCUGGCAAUCAAUAAAGCCAGGAUGAGGAACAGAAUAAUGCUCACUGUGGCGUGGGGUAUGAGUGCUGUGCUGUCAGUCCCUCAGAUCUUUCUUUUCCACAGUGUGACCAUCAUCCACCCAGAGGAUUUCACCCAGUGCACGACGCGUGGGAGCUUCUCCGCUCGCUGGCAUGAAACGGCGUACAACAUGUUCACGUUUUCCUGUCUGUUCCUGAUGCCGCUGGUCAUCAUGAUCACCUGCUACAGCAGGAUCUUCCACGAGAUCUCCAAACGAUUGAGAAAGGACAACUUACCGUCCACCGAAGUGCAUUUGAGACGUUCCAAAAAUAACAUCCCCAAAGCCCGGAUGAGAACUCUAAAGAUGAGUGUUGUGAUUGUUUUGUCGUUCAUUAUUUGUUGGACUCCGUACUACCUGCUGGGCCUGUGGUACUGGUUCUAUCCUAAAGACCUGGAGGAUAAGGUGUCCCAAUCCCUGACCCACAUUCUGUUCAUCUUCGGGCUCCUGAAUGCCUGCCUGGACCCUGUGAUCUACGGCCUGUUCACCAUUCACUUCAGAAAGGGGCUGCGGAGACAUUACCGCCAUGCUACCUCGGGGAUAGACACGGAAAACAACACCGUCAUCAGCGGAUCCUUUACCUGUGCUGCCAAUUCUUUGUCCCUUAAAAGAGAGUUUAGGCGAGCCAGCCAGGACAGACUGAUGCUGCGGAGCGACAACAACAGAGRGGAGCAAACACCCUCAAGGAACAGAUUUCUGAUGGACGACAACGGCACAGCAGAGCCCAACCCUGAGAGCGUCCUAUGAUAACCAUAAAGACAACAAACACCGUGCAGGUUUUUCAUUGUUUCUAUGAUUCUGGUAAAAUAUCUCAUAUCUGUGCGUCUGAUGGCUGCUUGGUGGAGCUAUCGCCUCUCAGUUAGAAGACUAAGAUCAAAUUCUGGGUGGAGUUUGCAGGUUUUCUCAGAGUAUGCCAGUUCCCUCCCACAAACCAAAAACAGGCAACAUUCGCCUGGUUAAAUAAAAGUCAAUAAUAACUUUUCACAACCAGGUGACCAGCAAACCUACACGACUUACUGUAUUUAUAUACAAAAACUGUAUUCUAGCCCAGUGGUUCCUAAACCUUUGAGACUUGUGUACCCCCUGAGCCAUUUUGUCACACCA